CGUAGCAUUGUGUCACGUGAUACGCGUACAGCUGAGGGUUGUUGAGACAGGCUUGCCCGUUGCUAGCCACUUAGCUCCGUUAGCUGCGUUUAGCAAGUUUGGCAGAAAUUUCUUCUAAUAUCAGUCUGUAUUGAUCUUACUUGACGGUAGGCCUAUGUUAACGACAUGGGGAGGAUACAGGAGUCACGCCCGUCUCUUGUAUCCCCUCCUGUCGCAAUUUAUUUACCUAAAUGUCAAUGUCAUAAUUUGUAGCUUGGGCUUAGCACAGCUACUAGCUUGUGCUUGACAAAUACAAGGCCAAGGAAAGAGGGGGGAAAAAACAGGCAGGCCUCCGGAUCAGACAUGGUUAUGAGCAAAAUCAAAGGGGAGCUACAUCAGAAAAUAAUGCAACACGUUCACUCUUUAGGUGGAGAGGAGGAGAAGGGAAGUUUGGGAUCAGACCAUCUUUCGGAGACUCUUCACCAUCCUCUUCAUCUCUGUUGACCUCAGAUGAGCCAUGUCUUCUUCAGGGUGCUGCCAGCUGCCUGGCUCUCUUUGUGAUUAUUCUGGGAACGCGGAAUCUGACGCUUCUAAGGAUUCAGAAGAGUCUGACUCUACCACACAAGCCCAGUAUGUUGCCAAGGUUACAGCGAAGGAUGGCCGCCCACUCUCCACGGUUGUCAAAGCAGUGAGCUUGCAGAGCGAUGUGGGGAUGUGUCGGAUUUGUCAUGAAGGAGCUGGAGGGGAGACGCUGCUUUCCCCUUGCGACUGCACCGGUACGCUUGGGAAAGUGCACAAGAGCUGUUUGGAAAAGUGGCUUUCAUCCUCCAACACCAGCUAUUGUGAGCUCUGUCACACAGAAUUCACUAUUGAGCGGAGACCACAACCACUCACACAGUGGCUGAAGGACCCGGGCCCCCGCAGCGAGAAGCGCACGUUGCUGUGUGACAUGGCUUGCUUCCUCCUGAUUACUCCCCUGGCUGCCAUCUCCGGGUGGCUGUGUCUGAGGGGGGCUCAAGAUCACCUGCAGCUGAAGAGCAGACUGGAGGCCGUCGGCCUCAUCGCCCUCACCAUCGCCCUCUUUACUAUCUACAUCCUCUGGACACUGGUGUCGUUUCGGUAUCACUGUCAGUUGUACUCGGAGUGGAGGCGGACCAAUCAGAAAGUGCGUCUGCUCAUGCCCGACAUGAAAGGGAUGCACACCACCCAGCGCUCGGUGCCGACCAAGUCGACCAAGAAAAUGACUGAUGAGACCAUCGUAUGAGUGCAGGAUGGCUGGGGGAAAAAAAAGGAAUAUUUAAAAAAAGAAAUACGACAACAUCACAAGAGCCCACCCUGGUACUCUCUAAACACGAAUUAAUCACAAUACUAAACUUUUGCACUUCAUACGGACCAUUCUGAGGAGGAAGAGUCCGUUCCUCGGCUUGUCUUUAUUGGAGCACUUGGAGAAAACACAGUUUUGGCUGACCACAAUGCUGGUUUCGGAGAAGAACUCAUUCCAGAGUCGUCCGACGGGAGAACUGCGCCGUCACCGGACAGCCAGUGUUGGGACGCCAUUAAGCGGACAUGUGGAUAAUGAACUAAAGUUACAGACUUAUGAAAUAACAAGACACGAGCUAAUGUAGCAGAAUAUAAAUAAUUCAGCAUGCUACUGCAGUAUAAUAUACACUACCUAAUAUUCUGAUACCCCUUCACGAUUUAUCUAGCUGGUUUUAAACAAUGGGCAAACGAUAACCCUGCGGCAGAUAGUAACCUUCAGUUCAUGACUGAUAAAGCUUAGAUGUGAAUACUGCUUUUUUUUUUUCUUUGUUUGACAAGUAGAGGACAACAGUCACUCCUACCCGAGUCCUUGUCUGUAAAAUCUUAUUUUCCUGUUAAACUUUUUAUGUUGCUGUUGAAGAGUGAAAAUCCAGCCGUGUUACUGUUGAAGUGACAUGUGUCAAAGGCACUUGUGAGGGGAUGACGCGGGACGGAAACUCAAGAACCGACGCUACGGCGGCGCCGGUAACGCUAGAGGAAGUAUUCUGACAGGAUGGCGUACCUUCUGGUGUCAUAAGAGUAUUAGCAAGCAGCCCUGCUCCACGUGUAAAUGCACCAUUCAUUAUAGAAAAAAAGACCGGUCUCAUCACCACCAGAUUCCAAACAAAAGUGGAGGAUCAGUGUUUAAGAAAAAAAAAAAAGAAUGCCAGUUUGAAGGUUUUGACCCACAAGUAUCAGAGCAGGCUGGUGCUUGGCAAAAGUGCAAAAGAGAAAUAAGUUUCUUAAAAAACAUAAGUCGAUGUAUGCAGCGUAAAACUAAAAGUAUUUUGUGUUUUUGUAGUCUUCCUGCUUCAUCCAUGGAAAGUUGGGUUAUUGUGCAAUAAAACAUGAGGGACUCUGAAGUGGGGGCGUUUGUGGCUUUGCUCUUAAGGUAGUUGUUUGAUGUUUAACCAAUUUGUUUUCUGGACAACCGCAGUGAGAGUCUGGGGAGAAACUCAACGCUAUAUUGUCAUUAAAUACCUUUCACAAAAAAAA